CCGCAGUCCAGCACCCGAAAGGGUUGUUUGCUGCCCCUUUAGACUGGCCCGUGUGCGGUGCGCACCAACCCGCGCGCCUCAGGAGCUACUGUGCAGGUGAUGCGGUGAGCGCGGCGUCGGAGGAGUGGUAAGGGGCGCAGGCAACCGGACAGGUAACUGGAAGAAGAGGAGGAGGAGGAGUGGGAGAGGGAGAAGAGCGGGAGAGAGAGAGAGAGGCUGGGAGCAGAGAGGCGCCGAGAGAGGGGGGCGGCCAAGGUACGCCGUAGGGGAGGACCCAAAAGGGGGCGGGUUUUAGCUUCCCAACAGCUCGUGCAGACCAUUAUUGUAAGGGGUUACAUUUAGUUGGUAGUGGCGCUUGUAUGAGCCCGGCCACGGCAGCGGCCGAACGUUAAAACUGGGCGUUAUAGAGCAGUCAUAGCGGCCGGCAGCCAGCGCACGCGAGACCGCCUCGUAAACGGGCCGUCACUGGAUUUCCUGCGGCGCUUCGCGACCGCCGGCGCCUACAGCGAGCACAGUGCGGGAAGAGUCGGCAGCGAAGCUCGGCCCCGCCGCGGGAAACCGGCGCGCCCCAGCCACACGCGAUUGCGCCUCGUAAUUUUUUUUAUUAUUAUUGUCCUCGACUAGCGAGGCGGUGUGCCCUCUGUGCGCGAGCGUGUGUGUGAGUGUCUUCUCUGGCGUGGAACUGCGGACAGAAGAGGCCGCUUACAACUUUUUUUUUGACUAUCGUGGAACAUUUCGGAGGACUGGUAGUGGAGUCGUUGCUUGAGAAACUGCUAGCUGAAAGGAGGUGACAGAAAGUGAGGAGGUACUGUAGUGGACAUCGAGAGGAUAGGAAGAUUGUGGUGGACUGUUGCGGGUGUGUUAGAAACUGUAUAGGACGAAUGUGGGAGAGAUAGUGGUACUGAGAAGUUUCUGUAGAUUUGUGGAGUUUUGCAAAGAAGUUUGUAACCAGCACCUGGGAGAGUUCCGUAGUGUUGCUAGGUAGGAAGAUUUCCGAACGGCUCAGUUUCGGGGCUAGAUUUAGUUGGAGCAGCAGCGGCGCCUGGGUCCCGGGCGCUGUCAGUCCGUCAGCGCGUGGCGCGCGGGCCAGCUGAGCGGUGGGCGUGGCCUCAGCUGACGGUGACGUCGCGUCGCGUCGCAGUAGCGACCCUGCAGUCUGCGCCGGCCAUGGCGUCCGCGUAGGCGCUCCAGCCCCGCUCCGCAGCCCCAGCAGCGCCACAGACGAUGAGCUCCAAGUUCCUGCUCGACAGCAUGCUGCCCAAGUACCACCACCAGCUGUACCAGCACCAGCAGCACCAUCAGCACCUGCUGGCGCCGCCGGGCGCCUCCACGCUCUUCUCACCGUCGCCCGACUACUCCGGCGCCGUCGCCAGCAACAACUCGCCCAGCUCGGGCGGCUCGUCGUCGCCGCCGCCGCCCCCGACGGCGUCGGCCGUGUCGUCCGCGGCGGCGGCCGCGGCGGGCCGCAUGUACCCGUACGUGAGCGCGGCCGCCGUACACCACCACCACCACCAGGCGUUCGCCGGGGGCGGCAUGGUGCCGCCCGGCGCCUUCACGUCGCCGUCGGCCGCGCUGGCGGCGGCGGCGGCCGUGGAUGCGGUGGCGGCCGCCGCCGCCGAGAAGAGCUGCCGCUACACCGCGGGCUCCGGGGGCGGCACCGGCAGCGGGGGCGGCGCGGGCGGCGGCGGGUCCGGCGGCGGAGGCGGCGCGCCGCCCCCGAGCAGCGCGGCAGACGCCAUGGCGGGCUACAACUCGCUGGCGGCGGCGGCCGCCGCAUCGCACCACCACAACCACCACGCCUCCGCGGCCGGGGGCGGCGCCGGGGGCGGCUCGGGCGCCGGGCAACACAACGGUGCCGGGGCCGUGGCGGCCGCCUCCAGCCCCUCGGGGGCGGUCGUGUCGGCGUCGGCGGCGGCGGCCACGGCGUCCGCCUCCAUGGCGGCGGCGGCGCAGUUCUACCACCAGGCGGCGGCGGCGGCUGCGGGGGCGGGCGCCGACCCGCUGGGCACGUCCUGCUCGCAGCCGGGGGCGGCGGCGGCGGCGGCCACGCAGCCCCUGCCGGACAUCCCGCGCUACCCCUGGAUGUCUAUAACUGGUUUCUCCCUAGAUUGGAUGAGCCCAUUCGACCGCGUUGUCUGUGAUCCGGCCCUGAUAGACACCAAUUACUAUUAUCGGCCCAAUGGCUGCCCACGGCGACGCGGCCGGCAGACCUACACGCGCUUCCAGACGCUGGAGCUGGAGAAGGAAUUCCACUUCAACCACUACCUGACGCGACGCCGGCGGAUCGAAAUCGCCCACGCGCUCUGCCUCACGGAGCGCCAGAUCAAGAUCUGGUUCCAGAACCGCCGCAUGAAGCUCAAGAAGGAGCUGCGCGCGGUCAAGGAGAUAAACGAGCAGGCCCGCCGCGAGCGCGAGGAGCAGGACCGUUUGAAGCAGCAGCAGGAGAAGAAGCUGGAGCAGCAACAGCAGCAGCAGCAGCAGCAACAACAGCAACAGCAGCAGCAGCAACAGCAGCAGCAGGCGCCGCCGCAGCAGCCGCCGCAGCAGCACCACACCAUCAGCCACCACCUGCACGACCAACACAAGCUGGGGCUGGAGAAGGCCCCCCCGGGCGCGGACCUGCUCAAGGCGGUGGCCAAGGUGCCCACCUAGAUGCCGGAGCCACUCUGCGACCUGCCGCUGGACGAGCUGCUGCCCACGGCCACGGCUCCAGCUCCAGCCUGGACCGGGUUCCCCUACUUCCAGUAGGGCCGCCGCUCUGGCCACGGCAGGUUCCAGAGGGACCCCGUAUCCGCCCGCCGGAUAACGCUACUACGGAAGCAGUGGUGCCAGUAAGGUCCUGAGGCCUUCCAAGAGAGAACUCAACUCCGGAGUCGAGAGGAACCCUCGCCAGUUCGAUGAUCGGGAAUCGAGGUGAAAGACGCGACUAGCACAACUGGACGAGAUUGUGACUCAAGUCUGCUAGCUGCAGACGAACGAAGAGGAGGACAUAUCACUGAGGGUCGUGCCUCUAAGAAACGAGCAAUGAAGUUUGGAAGUUGAGAUUUUAUGCACCAGAAUUGAUGAACUUUCUCAACUUGACUCUGCAAGGAUUAGAGGUAAUCGAUACCCCAGCAACAUUCCACAGCCUCCUGAGCUUCUACAUCGCUUGACGAUUCUCUUCAUCUGAUCACCGUCCUCUUCGACUCGUGGAAACUCACCGUUGGUCAGCAUUCGUGAAACGUGUGUGUGAUGGGAGAGAAAGAGAACAACAUUACUUUUGGGUGGAAUUACUUCAAAGUAGCGGCUCACUGACAUUGUCUCUUGGAAGGACAUUGUCUCUAGGAAGCAAUGUCUGGUUGCACUGUAGUGCCAAGUACUUACAGUUUCUUUGUGUAGAUAUAGGGUACGUUGCAAUAGUACUCUUCUUGAUAAGUGCUUAGUAUUUAUUGCCUAACGUUCUACAUUUAUGGUAAAGAGAAUGUGACUGGAACAAUAUUUUAAAACUCUUCCCAGUUUAAGACAGCCUCGACGGUCUCGCUUUUACACGAUUGCCAAGUUCUGCAUUGUUGUUGCCAGGUGAGACUUCCCCACUGAACUUUUUGGGUGAAACAUUUUUCGUUGUGAAGACCUCCCUCGCCAGGCAUCAUUUCCAAGUACUUUAACCGUAAAUCGUAACGUAAUGUGACUGUGAUAUAACAAAAAAAAAAAGCUCAGUAAACAACAGACAUCUAGAGAGAGACUCUGAAACCACAACACGAAGAGAGGACGAAUCUGAACAUCGCUGUCUUCUGACUCCAUCUCUGCAGCCUUUGAAGCAGGAAUAAUCACCAAACAGGAGAGACUGAACUUUCAAAAGAGGAGUACGAAGACAAUAGAUGGAAUGUGUGAAUACCGUUCCGGUAUAUGAUUGUUCUUCAGUUGUGGAAACCUUCUCUUUCAUGUCUUAAGCGGAAGCGCACUGCCUCUAUGAGAAAGAGUGUCAUAGAUUCGAAAAUGUGUUCUUUUUUCGAUAUAUUUUAUUUUUAUUUAAUUCUUAUCUGAUGUAUUUUAACACGUGUUUUCGAAGUAAGUAGUUCUGUUUGGACAUCAUUUUAUGUACAGUGUCUAAUCUGUUAAGUUUCGCAUCAACAAAGGUUGUUUUUCUAGUUUACUCCAAGGAAAGUUUGAUAUUUAAUUGGUUAAUGCUGACAUAAGAACCUUCUAUGGCACAUCGCGUCUGUUAUUAUCAGUUACUUGCUUAAAAUCGGUAAUUGCUUCGUUAUAGUUCCGUUAAGGUUUUGACCUCCAGUCGAAUUUCUUUUAUAUAUAGCACAUAUGUUUAGAAACCACGUCUUGUUAUCAUAUUUCACAGUGUAUGUUGUUAUGGAAUAUCUACUGUAAUCAACAACUUCUGUUAAUUUUUUGUCGUUCGGUUGUAGAAACUGUUUGUUGAGUCAUGUGCAUUCUGUCAACGAACCAGACAUAACCGGUAAUUUGUUUCUCUAAAUAGUUCUAGAGAACUUUUAUUACCAAACGUAAUUUUUAGCACCACCGAAAAUAAUUUCAAGUUCAGCCCCAUCACACAGCAUCACUUUCUUUCGCUCCUCUUGUGCUUAUUAUUUUUGCCAAUUUCACGACAAUGACCAUCUUCGCAGAUCACACCCUUAAAUGCUUCAUGGGAGAAACAGGACAGCCGUGUCGGGAUUUGCCCAACGUAAAACGUUCCCCAUACAUUGGAAGCCCCUCCCACACAGGAUACGUGGCUCACCAUGACUUGUGUCUAUAAAUGCCGUAUUUCGAACACAAUCGAUCUUGGAUACAGCAAUUCAAUACUUAACUAGUACAUUAUAUACGUAACUUUGUGUCAGGGUAGAUUUAAGUAGUUUAAUACGAAAGAAUAAGUACUGGACUAAAGAAUACUUUGCUCUUACAUAUUCUUGAGAGACAAUGAAUCUGUAAUUUUCGUGAGUGUGUGUGUAUUUGUGUGGCUGAGUGAAAGUGUCAAAGCCGUAGAGUAAAAUGGAUCCAAGUCUAUUUUAUUGGGCAUAUGCUUACGUGACAGUGUAUUUUUCAAAGUGGGGACUAGUGAUGAAAACCACGCUGGACACAGCUAUUUUAAAGUUAAUUAGACGAAUUAGUGGUAUCUUACAAUUAGUAUCCACAAAGUUCGGCCAUACGUAAAGGAUUUUCGUGGGUGACCCAUUCCACUCCACAGCGUUAAUAUUCAAUGUCUUAGCAUGACACAUCUUCCUUGAAUUUGCUUAUAUAUUUCCCUACAAUUCAUUAAGUAAACUCGUGAUUUCAACGUCCAUUCCGAAGUGGUGUGUGUCCAGAUUCAUGUGUAUGGUAUUUAAUAGAUAUUUAGAUUGAAGGCAUCCAUUGAUAUAUUUUCUUAAACACAAAUAUUUAACGUGUGGCACAGCUGUCUAUCACUGCUUGGACUUAUUUACAUGCUAUAGAUAUGGCCUGUUAUGCAUCAACAUACGCCAAGUGUAUUUGUCAGUUUGAAACCCUCUUGGUGUAAACAAAUACAAUUCUCUUCUUCUAAAAGUCAAGUGACGCAUUCUCUCCUCCUAAUAAGCCUACUCCAACGAGAAAACUGUAUAGUUAACAAUAAUAGAGAAUAUUAGAUUUUCCAGCCAUUAUUACAGAUAACAGAAGUUCUAAGACGUUUCGUUUUCAGUCUUCUUCAUAAUUGCACUUUAAUAUUUAAACCAGUUCCUUUCCACAGUCCUUUUAAAUCGGUAUACUAUCCGCAACUAUCCUGCAGUUAUUACCGUCACAUUUCCUUCGGUUGUUAGACUUUCCGAACAUUUUAGUUCUAUAUAGGGCACGCUAUUAGGAAGUUUCAUGUCAGAUAUUGCAUACCUUGCUCCCAUAUCAAACUUAGAGAAUAAGGAACCUUAAUCAUUCUAGAGUGUGGUUUUAAGUCCACCUAGCUGUAAAACUCCCAACCAUUUCAAUUGCGUGUAGUGUCUGUGUCAAUUUCCGCUCUCUGCAACUGUGAUAGUACGUGAGUCCAUUUCUCCUCUUCUACGAGAGCCAACAUGGACAAUCGGUAUCUCCUAAGGAUUUAGUAUUGCUGUUCGUAAAGUAGCUCGUGCAAUUUAAUACAAUCGAGUGCAAGUUUAGGCUAAGACCGGCGAAGGUAUUAAUUGAAUUUCUUUUUUUUUUUUUGCUCAUACAGAGUCACGUUGUGACUGUGUGAGAGAAAUGUAUGUAUAACCUCCUCGAAUCCGAAUUAUCAGUACUUAGAUAUAAAAUUAAAUCUUCGUGUAAGUCGACGCAGGUACUGUGAUCGACAAAUCUGCGCUGUACACUCACUGAACCUGCGACGUCGGUUUCGGCAACAGAACGUUAGUGUUCAGAACUAACUACCUAACAAACCCUCAAGCAAUCACGUAAAAUUCCGAUUUUUACGGUAUACGAAUUUUCCGAGUGGCAGCACUGAUUGAAUCACACAUCCGGUACAUCGCAGAAAUUUGAUGCUUUGAAUAGUCAACCUCACCACGUGGGAUUUAAUUUGCGUAACUCUCCGGAAUUUCUUCCUAGCUUUGACUCUCAUGUACAGCACGAAAAUGUUAUUUUGAACUCAAAGAACCCACAUGGAGAAAAUGUCCCUAUAGGCUGACGUAGGAGGCUUCAUCAAACCAAUGAGUGCUUGCGUAUGGUUGUGUAGUUUUAUGCUGCGACAGCAUUUUUUUGUUGUAGCUAUAAAUAUAUGUGUGUUGUGAAAGUAAUGUUAGGUAAUUUUACCAUAGUAAUACUUAAAAACAAAUUCUGCGAACCAUGUAUCCACGUAUGUAACCCAGUUCACCACUUGUAAGCAAAUUUUUUGCGUGAAUCAGGUGGAGCAAAGAUGGAGGCCACCUGCCAACUUUAGGAGUUGUGUAUAUACGUAUAAAUGCAAAUAUGAAAAUGUUCAGUGUCAUGUUUUUUUAAGAACAGUAUGUGCCAUUGAUGUUAGGCUGAUAAGCUAUACGUAGAACUAACUGUGCAGCGUAGUUUAAUAUUAUUAGGUAACAGUAUCGAAUUUCCUGCUUCACAAGCUGACGUAUACCUUCUCUCCAAGAACAAUGUUUCUUAAACUCAGCUGAGAACUUUAAAGUGUCUAGUUUUAGCGUCAAUAGUUUUUGUUAUCUUCGUUUACAUAACGAUAAGUGAUGGAUGUUUUUACUUUUCUAUCUGUAAAUAAAUGUAGUCGUUCUAAUUAGAAAUUUUUGAACGCUUCCAAUGUUACUGUUAACGCAUUUUUCAUGUUACGUUCUAAACAAUAGUAAAAUGUACGUUUCUGUGUAAGGCUUGGACGCAGACAUGGGCUACAUCUGAAAACAGAGUGAAAAGUGGAAACGGCCCGAAGGCGAUGAUUUUUUAAAAUUUAAUCUCUCCAUCUCAUUCCUAGAUGAAUAAAAGUAUACUUUAUGAUUUUAUCCAUAUUUGUUAAAAAUGUUUUUUGGAUGGAAAGUUUAGCGUUUUAUAGCAUUGUUUUCCAUGAAAAUAUCGAAAAAGUUUCGUCCAACCGUUGAGUUUCCUUUUCUAAUGGCUGUUUAGGUUGGUUCAAGACUGUAAAAUUAACUUAUGUAAAUAGUGAAUCAACUGUUCGUAAGAUUUCGAAUUGUUAGUUUUUUUAAAUUUGGUUUUACAUUGUAACGACGAGAGCAAAUCAUCCAUCUGUCUGCCUCCUGCAGUGGGCAAGAUGGUUUAAUAGCAACAAGGUAAAGAAUGCAAUUGAAAAAUAUAAUUCUUUUCCCUUGAGAUAAACAUUAAGUCCAACAUUUUGCCUUUAAGAAAGGAGCUUUGUUAAUUUUUUGGCUAAUUUCGUUAGAGUCUUUAUUCUGUUCGUUUGUAAAUGUGCAAAACAGUUAGUGUUAACUUCUCUAAAAACAUAAAAAAAGUCUUGUUGUAAAAAGUAGCCAAUGAGCAAAAGCUGAGACAAGCUAUAUUUCAUUUUCCAUAUGGAGAAUUGACGUAGCGGGCACGCCUGACAAAACAGGAAUUUGUAAACACUCUACUGCGUGCAUUUUCAGUAUAUGGAAAUGAGUAGCUCAUUACUGUUGAACAGGCUACAUUCUGUCCGCUCUCUCGUGUUAUCUGUUGCAUUACAAGAGUUCUUCUAGCCUCUCCCAGUAAAACCAAAACCCUCAAUCCACCUUCCUACGUCCAUCCUUCCCUCGCAAUAAGUAUUUGACUUUUGAAUAAUGGAAACAUGACAAAUGUAAUACAGUGAGCUAGUUGUAUUGGUAAUCGUCUUACAGUUAGAAAAUUGUAGCUUAGAAUUUACAAGAAAAUGUUCUUCUCGAAAAAGAGGCAAUUUCUGCUUUCUAUUUCAUUUCGAAAUAAGAAAUAAAGAAACCAUUUUCCCUCACCACUCAGUAUACAAAAUAAUGUAUCUGGUAUCUACAACAUUGUGUAAAUAAAGGUUUAGUACAUAUAA